AUGGCCUCGCGCAGUGUGCAACCCGCGCCACCGGCCCUGGGCGCGCGGGGCCCGCGACUGCUGCUUCUGCUGCUGCUGCUCUCGUGGCCGCCGCCGGGGGACGCCCUGGGCCUGGCCGGGCUGCCCAGGUCCGGCUCUGGGGUCCAAUCCGAGCUCGGACCCGGCUCCCCGGACUCGGACCCCGACACCGCGGGGGUCCAGGAGUUUCGCAAGCGCUACGAGGACCUGAUGGCCAGGUUGCGGGUGAACCAGAGCUGGGAGGACUCGAACCUGGGUCCCGACCCCGCCGUGCGCAUCAUCACCCCGCAAGUGCGAGUCGAGUCCCACGGCCGGCUGCUUGUGCGCGUUCCCCGAGCCUCCGUGACCCAGGGUGUCCCGGAAUCCUACAGCGUGCACCGGGCCCUGCUGCGCCUGUCGCCGACGACGUCAUGGGACGUGACGCGACCCCUGCUGCGGCGGCUCCGCCUUCCCGGACCUACGCUUCAGCUGCGCGUGUCCCCGCGUGGGGCGGCGGUGGCGGCCGUGCGGGAGCUGGAGCCGGAGCUGGAGCCGGAGCUGGAGCUGCACCUGCGCGCGCGGGCCGGCAGGGGGCGUCGCAGCGCGCGGCCGCGGGACGAGUGUCCCCUGGGCCCCGGGCGCUGCUGUCGCCUGCUGUCCGUGCCCGCGUCCUUGGAGGACCUGGGCUGGGCGGGCUCCGUGCUGUCCCCGCGCGAGCUGCAGGUGACCGUGUGCGCCGGCGAGUGUCCCUCCCGCUUCCGCGCGGCCAGCACGCACGCGCAGGUGAAGGCACGGCUGCACCGCCUGCGUCCCGAUGUGGUGCCCGGCCCGUGCUGCGUGCCCGCCGCCUACGAGCCCGUGGUGCUGCUGCAGCGCGCGGACGGCGGCCUGGCGCUGCGCACCUACGACGACCUGCUGGCCACCAGCUGCCACUGCGCGUGA